UGUGGUACGUCGCCGCUGGUUUUGGGUGGAAGGAGUGGCGUGGGAUUCUGGAUUGAUUUGGUGGGGAUUUGCUGCUCUUUAUUCUCUUCGCUUCCUUUUUCUCGUGUGAGUGGAGAUACUACAUACAGUGACCCAGCGGCGACCUCCUCCCUCUUCUUCUUCCCCAGCCUUCACUCUUCUUAUUCUUCUUCUUCGCUAUGUCGUCGUACGCUGCGGGCAAGGGAGAGCAGGAGAUACACGUAUUGGCGGUGGACGACAGCUCCGUCGACCGAGCGUUGAUCGCUACGAUCCUUCGCAGCUCCAAGUACAGAGUGACCACGGUAGACAGUGGGAAGAGAGCAUUGGAGCUGUUAACACUGGAGCCGAACAUUAGCAUGAUAAUUACGGACUAUUGGAUGCCUGAGAUGACAGGAUAUGAGCUUCUCAAGAGUGUCAAGGAGUCCUCCAAACUGAGGGAGAUCCCCGUGGUUGUGAUGUCGUCGGAGAACGUCCCCAACAGGAUCAACAGGUGUUUGGAGGAAGGAGCUGUAGAUUUCCUGCUCAAGCCCGUUCGGCCGUCCGAUGUGUCCCGGUUAUGCAGCCGGAUGCGAUAGCAGCCGCCUGUUCACUGACGGAACCCAUGUAGGAUGGAUGCCUGGUUUCACGUUUUCUUCUUGUUCGCGUAAGAUGAGGAAGAAAUGUCUUGGGAAUAGCUAGAAGGGAUAAGCUGUGUUGCCUGCCAUGGUCAAACGGUGGUCCAUGGAGGAGCGAGAAAGAUGCGAGGAUGGACAGGGAGCAAGUGGUGCGGCAGGAUUUGAUGAUCACAUCAAAGUAGAUCUUCCGUAGAGGAGCAGCUCUCCAGAUUGGACCAUCACAAGAGUUCCCUCGGUACGGCAUUGGCUUGACCUUUACCUGCCAAACUCACUCUGAUAACAGACGCAUAUGUAUAUUCGAAACCAAUUUAAUAAGGGGAAUCGUAAGUAUAGCA